AUGUAUGUACUGCCCAAUGGCCUCGUUCCCUUCGGCCCCAGCGCCAACUGCACGCUCGAGACGUGCCCGCUCGAAGCCAGCAUCCUGAAGUAUCGGCCCUACCAAGGGGCCAGCGGCACCUUCAUCGCCGUCUUUGCCCUGUGCUUGAUCGUCCAUGCAUAUCAGGGCGUCCGGACCCGGAGCUGGGGGUUCAUGGCGAGCAUGCUCUGUGGCUGCGCCCUCGAGAUCGCCGGAUACGCCGGACGGCUGGUUAUUCACGACAACCCUUUCGACUUUGGGGGGUUUCUUGCUCAGAUAAUUUGUAUCACGGUAGCGCCGGUCUUUUUCUGUUCAGCCAUCUAUGUCGUGCUCUCGCAAGUAAUAAACCACAUCGACCGCUCCCUCUCCCGCUUCAACCCAAACCUCAUCUACUGGAUCUUCAUCACGUUUGACCUAGCCUCCCUAAUCCUGCAGGCCGCCGGCGGCGCGCUGUCGUGCACGGGCGCGACGGCGGCCGACAUCCAGGUUGGCGUCAACAUCUCGCUUGCCGGGCUCGUCUUCCAGGUCGCCACGCUGGCAAUCUUCUGCGCCCUCUUCGCCGACUACCUUGUCGCCUGCCGGCGGUUGCCGCCGGCCCGCUGGGCGAGCCUUGACAGGCGCCUCAAGUCCGUGCUGGGGUUCCUGUUUGCGUCCAUCUUGUUCGUCUUGGUGCGGUGUGCCUACCGCAUCGUUGAGCUCCACGAGGGGUACUUUAGCGAGCUGUUCCGGGACGAGCCGCUCUUUAUCGCGCUUGAGUCUGUGGUGAUGUGCAUUGCCGUCAUCUGCUUGAAUAUGGGCCACCCAGGAACUGUCCUGGGCAAGACCGGUACUGAACCCGAGAAAGACCGCGCUUGGGAGUUAGAGCGGAUCAGCUCGCAAGAGCGCUCAUGA